CGCAACGGCUGACGCAUUCCUAAAGGCGUUCAGAGAAAAAAUACUGGCGAGGGGAGGUGCACCAAAGCGAGUGAUCUCAGACAACGGCGUACAAUUUACAAGCAGAAAGACGAAACAGACAGAUGGAAAAUAAAGAAGAUAAAUUCAACAUUUCGGCCCGGAAAUUCAAAGAAAGGAUGGCACAGGCCAGCCACAAAAACCGAGCCGCAAAACUACUAUCGGCCGCCCCCCCACUCAGCUCACGGAUGAAAGUAUCAGGAACAAAGGUGUCAGCACCAAGGAAAACAGCAACAAACAAAACGAUGGAAACCACGGCAGGACAGCGCGAGACUCGAGGAGAACAAGUAGCAACGCACAAUGAAGUAAUCCCAACAAAAAAGAGGAUCAGCUGGGCAAACCAGGCCAACCUACAGGAACAAACGGCACGAAGAAUCAGCGAACAACAAGGCCCGGAACUUUCCUGGGCAAAACAAGUGGAAGACGAAGAGUCCGACCGGGACGUGCUAGACCUAAACCCCGAGCGGCCAACACCAGAACCGGAAACCCAGAAACCCAUCCAGAGAGGCACCAUCCCGGGCGAAUGGGAGGUCCCGGAAAAAUUCGAACUAGCGACCACGGCGAUCGAACUAGUCAAAGCAAAACUCCACGACCGCCCAAAACACACUCAACGACGGUUCAAACUACGGAACGAGAAACAGGAGGCGUGUUGGGUGAAGAUCGGCCGAGCUGGAGAUGUCCGCAUCAGCGCAUGGUUCCAAACAAAGUCAAUUGGCGACGCUCCACUGGGAAAGGAGGGGGGAGUGUGACGCCCAGCGCCAGGAAGACCAAGCGCCGGCGCCACAAACACCACAACAAUAUCACUAGAAACACCAAGACAAGCCAUGAAGACUAUAAAAUAAGUAUUAGUAGGAUAAGUAGAACAUAAGCUACAAAUACAUGAAGACCUGCCACAUAAGAAAUAAAUAUAAAUAAACAAACA